AUGGAUAUAGACGACGAUGAAAGUAUUUUUCUAACGCAGAAUACUUUCAAACAAGAAGAAAGCGACGUUGAUGAUAGUGAUGACAUUGUUUCCAACUUUGUGUUAAAAUCGGAUCUUUAUUCUGAUAUAUCCAGUGCGGACAACGACGAAGAAUUAGUAAUGGCAGCUAAUAAUGCUGAAAAUGAUGGUCAACAGAAAGAGAUCAACAACAACAAAAGCGGAAGAUUUGUAUAUCCGAAGACCGAUGACGACAUAAAACAGCUUGUGCAAAAAGAAAUCCCCAAAAGCACGAAAAACAAAACUGAUUGGGCUGUGAAACUGUUCGAAAAUUGGCUAGAGCAUAGAAAUAAAAUAGCGAAAACUGAUAAUGAGAUUUCUAAAAUUGAAGGUAGACUAGUUACCAUGACAAAUGAUCAACUCAACACAGUUCUUGGGUAUUUUAUUACUGAAGUGCGCAAUAAGAAAGGACUUGAAUACUAUCCAAAUACACUGUAUGAACUAAUAAUUUACAUCCAGCGUUUUUUAAGACAAAAUGACCGGUCCAUAAGUAUUUUAGAUGACAGAGAUGUUAGUGCCUUGCGCAGUGUUCUAGAUUCUAAAAUGAAAGAACUAAGUAGAAACGGAAUUGGUCUUAAAACAAAGAAGGCGGAUGUGAUAAGCGCUGACCAGGAAACAUACAUGUGGAGUUACAAUAUUUUAGGAACUGAUACGCCAAAAAAACUCUGUGACACCUUAUUGUACUGUAUAGGGUUAAACUUUGCCUUGCGUGCCGGACAAGAACACAGAAAUCUACGUGUUGGUACUAAUUCACAAAUAUCUUUGAAAAUAUCUCCUGCUGAUGGAAGAAAGUAUUUAGAAUAUACAGAGGAUGUUUCAAAAACGAAUUGA